CCGUGGCGCGAGCUUCUCCGCAACUGCCCGGCCCCGUCCCUCGAGACCCGUUAUAACCGCCUGUUAGCAGCCAGCGGUGACACUGACCGUCCCUCCGCUGCUGGGGACAGAGCCGGAGCCUCCCCGCCCUGGAGAAGGAAACAUUAGGAGCAGUGAGAGAAGCAGGCAGGUGCCACAAUGGGCACUGCUUCGAGAAGAUUCUGUUUGCUGCAUUGUUGCUACAUCUUCUAAAAGUGUAAAUGUGCAUAGAGGCUUGUCUCAAAGAACUCCAGUUACUGGAAGCUUUUUCUUUGAAUAAGAAGUCAUCCUCAAAAUAAUCUCAAACCAUACAAUGGCCUCAGCUGUAAUCAGUUCAGUUCCCACUACUGCAUCUCGCUUUGCUCUGUUACAAGUGGAUAGUGGUAGUGGCUCUGAUUCAGAGACUGGAAAGGGAAGAAGUGGUCGAGGUGCUGGGAAGUCUCAAGCUUCAGGGGGAAAAUCAACUACAAAUGAGAAGAAGAAAGAAAAGAGGAGAAAAAAGAAGGAACAGCAGCAGAGCGAGGCUAAUGAGCUCCGAAAUCUUGCUUUUAAAAAGAUUCCUCAGAAAUCCUCGCAUGGAGGUUGUCUGUCUCAACAUGAACAAACAUUGCACAGCCCAGUGCAGAAAGACUCUCAGGAAGAAAAUUGGCAAGAGUGGAGACAAAGAGAUGAACAGCUGACAUCUGAAAUGUUUGAAGCAGAUCUUGAAAAGGCAUUAUUGCUAAGCAAACUGGAAUAUGAAGAGCACAAAAAGGACUCUGAAAAUGCUUCACCUCCCUCAAAGUCGGUGAAUAAGAAAGAGAAAAGAAAGAACCAGCAGGGAAAAGACAAACCUCUCACAGUGUCUCUCAAAGACUUUCAGUCAGACAUUAAUAUAGAUCCCCUUGCUAAAAAACACGAGGAACUGAGUUCUUCCCAGACUUUAUUGCAUGAUGGAGGAUUCUUCAAUAGACUGGAAGAUGAUGUUCAUAAAAUACUUAUUAGAGAAAAAAGGAGAGACCAACUCACAGAUUACAACGGAGUGGAUAACUGUACAUCACAUGAACAUAGUCAGGAGGCUGUUUUGAAAGAUGGAAAAACAGAACGAUUAAAGUUGGAACUUGAAAAGAAAGAUACAGAAAUUCAGCAACUGAAAAGCAUCAUUACUCAAUGGGAGGUGAAGUAUAAAGAAGUAAAAGCAAGAAAUGCACAGCUGUUGAAAAUGCUACAGGAAGGUGAAAUGAAAGACAAAGCAGAAAUACUUCUACAGGUUGAUGAAUCUCAGAGUAUCAAGAAUGAGUUGACCUUACAGGUGACUACACUUCAUGCUGCAUUAGAACAAGAAAGAUCUAAAGUGAAAUUAUUACAAGCAGAACUAACAAAAUAUCAGGGUGGGAGAAAAGGGAAGAGAAACUCAGAAUCUGACCAAUGCAGGUGAUUAUACUUGCCAUCAAGUUGAAAGCAAAAAAUCAAAUCUUGUUCUUCAGGGUUUUGCAGAAAUGUAUAUAUUUGUUGUACACUGCAAAGCUAUGCAGUUUUUUGGAAGGAAGCUAACAAUUACUAGUUUGACUGACAUUCUAAAUAGUUAAUUUGUUGCACUUUCUGUUAGUUUAAAGAAAAAAAAGUAGGGAACUGUUCCAGCAGAGCUCAAACAUUGUUGCUGUUACUGCCAUAAUUAGUUUUUCAUCAGUUAAUAAACUUUACUCUUUCAUUU